ACACCCAAAUACUUAAAAUUCCUAUACCUUGACUCUUUGCCAUGUCCAUGUGACGUCUCCCUCGUACGAAGCUUCAAAGACGAACUGUAAUACAAUCGGUGCCCGCAAAUUCAGCUCUCUCGAAGCACAUUAAUUUGUUCAUCAACUGUGGAAAAUGUUGAAACUUAUAUAUUAAAUCUUAUUGUUAAUUAAUUUGUUUGUUUAAUCUAGAAAAAUUCAUAAAAAAGAAAUGGGGUUGCAGAGAGUUGACAUUUUGUGCGUGCCUGCGUAAUGGGGCAAACAGAUGAUCACUGGAUUUCAAAUUUGUUUUUAUACCAAGUCUGAAAUUUAUGGCUUAACCCCAUCUGUCAUUUGCCCCACAUAUUUAUGAUUAAGUCAUCUGCCACAGGCCCACUGAUAUAUUACGAAAGAUAUUUCGUCAAUAUUAUUAGAGCAACCCCUGAUUUACUAAGUAUAAAGCAAUGAGAAUGCCAAACUCCAAUAGCAGAUCAUCUGCAGAAAAGAAAGUUGAUCAAUCUGUUGGAUAUCAGGAGGUUCACAGUCGGGUUUUAAGAAAGGAGAGUGAACUGGAUAAUGCCAAAGCUGAAAUGGGAGAGGUGCGAGAAGAAAACGCUAGGUUAAAAAUGACGUUAAAUCAUAUGGAGAAGGAUUACCAGUCUCUCCAGCUGCGGUUUUUCGACAUCCUCAGACAAGAGGCUUCCAAAAAAGCUGUAAAUAUUGCCGGUGAUCGAAUAAUCGAAGAACCGGAGCAGCUCUUGUCUCUUUGUCUUGGAAGAAGUCCAAGGGAGCCUACAAGUGAUCGUGAAACUACUACCAGCAGCAACUUCACAAAACUAGUACAGGUUGAUGAUGGCGAAGAUAACUUGAAGGCCAAUCUUACUCUUGGAUUAGGUUCUAAUGAGACUAGUUUGGAGGAACCUAAUAAGGAUCGUGCAGAAGCUGGAGGUGGAGACGCAUCGUCUUCAUUGAGUAAAACGCCGAAGACAAUGAGAAAUGAAGACGGUGAACCUCCAACGCUGGUCAAUGCAAAACGAGCUAGGGUUUCUGUGAGAACUAGAUGUGAUACCCCAACGAUGAAUGAUGGUUGCCAAUGGAGAAAAUAUGGACAGAAGACUGCAAAAGGAAAUCCAUGCCCACGAGCUUACUAUCGGUGCACUGUUGCACCAGCAUGCCCUGUGAGAAAGCAGGUGCAAAGAUGCUAUGAGGAUAUGUCCAUCUUAAUCACCACUUAUGAAGGAACUCACAACCACUCACUUCCAUUCACAGCCAGUUACUUGGCUUCCACCACCUCCGCCGCGGCUUCCAUGCUAUUGUCCGGCUCUUCUACAUCUCACCCGGGUUUCGGUUCCACAUCCACCCUACUCAAUGGAUCAGAAUUUAGUGCCUUCGAUAACUCAAGAACACAACUCUACAUGCCCAAAUCUUCCCACCCUUUGCUCCCCACAAUCACUCUCGACCUCACUGCCUCUCCACCCUCUUCUAGCACAUUUCCUUCAAGUCUAAGCUUUUGUUCCCCGUCAGAUUCCAACAUAUUCCCCACACGUUGGGACAAUGGAUACCUUAAACAUGGCUUGCCGCCGUUCGACAAAGCCCAAGUUGGAUCCUUCAAUCUUGGAAAGCCAUUGCAAGAGUAUUUCCACCAAAAUUAUGCAGAAAAGAUCCACCAAGCUUCUUCCCAGGUGUCUUUGACAGAAUCAUUAACCAAGGCAAUCACGUCCGACCCGAAUUUCAAGUCGGUAGUUGCAGUAGCACUUUCAUCAUUGGUCGGAAGUGGCGGAGGUGCCACUCAUAGGAGCCAAGGCGAGGGUGGCGAAAGAAUCAACACUUGAAUUGGGGUGAAGCUGCUCAUCAGUUUACUUCUCAGAAGUGAAACUUGAUGCUUCUGCACCUUCAACUACCAUUUCAAUGAGUAAAUCUACCUCUGCAAUCAGGGAUAGAAAACUUCUAAAUUUUUCCUUUUUGCUGCUGGAGAGUCGCAGAUGUGUUGACAAACUAUCAAUCUUGACCACUGAUCAAGUAAACUGUUGUUCAAUUGCAUGGUUCAGAUUGACAGUCGAGCAACACAAUACACCUCCAAAAACACGCAUUUGUUGCAAUGAAUAUUUAAGUGUAGCAAAACAUAAAGGGCAAACGACCUAUGGAAUAAAAGGCAUCUUAUGCA